UCAGGUGGUUGAGAAACUCGAAAGUCAUGAAAGUGUCAGCGCGCGCUCGGGCAAGGCGGUCGAGUCAGUGUUGUGAUAAUUCCGGACGCUAGCGGCGAUGUACCCCGUUGAUAGUGGCCGUGUGUGCUAAAUUGACAACAAGAAGGCUUGGAGGAACGUUACCGUAACAGCAGAACAAGAAAAGGAGUGUCAACAUGCCUGCCUUGUCAAGCUACUUGAAGUCUGAGUAAACUAAACCCCGAUGACCUGCGAAUGCCCUGGGUUGACGUGGACCAUUCCAACGACCUGUCCAGCUACCGGCCACCUUGUACUAUUGGAGCACAGCACCUCCCUGUCUCACAAGUGGACUCUUCCAUCAACAACACCAAGGUCAUCUUUAAAGGGCACGAGUUCCCAAAAUGAUUUCCUGUUUAAACUGAAAGGAUUGAUGCUGUUCUUAGUAACCUUUCUGCUUGUCAGGUUCCCAAGAAGUUGUCGUUUCCUGCACUGAAACAUCUGUGAACUUCUGUUAUCAAAGUUCAAACGUUAAAAACCAUUAGCAUCAAAAACCAUGGAGUGGAGAACAGCAAAAAUAUACAAGUAUCUACCUCUGGUAUUGGGACUGUUGUUGCUAAUUGCUGUGGGCACACAAUGCCAGACAACACAACAGGGAAGUAUGGCAGGGGCAACAACUAUACUCACCGCACACACUACCCACGGACCCCAUCCUACGUCCGAGAGCCACGCCACGUCGUCCGAGCACGGGUGUACGCAACCCGGGGAAGGCGAGACGGACGGACAUUCUGCGCACGAGGAGACACUGACGAGGUACCAAGUGGCCGUGUUAGACUUCCAUCACGUCAUGUCCCCCUACACCAUAGCGCUGUGGAUCGUCCUGGCCAGCAUUGCUAAGAUUGGUUUCCACUUGUCACACAAGGUGUCAAAAAUUGUUCCAGAGAGCUGCUUGCUGGUUGUGCUUGGGCUGAUAGUUGGAGCCAUCCUGUUUCUCACCAAACAGGAGGAAAACAUCCACACCCUAAGUGCAGAUACUUUUUUCCUGUACCUGCUGCCACCCAUUGUGGUAGACGCUGGCUACUUCAUGCCCAACCGUGCCUUCUUUGACAACAUUGGAAGCAUUCUUACAUAUGCAGUCAUUGGCACGUUAUGGAACACUUUGGGCAUCUCCAUGUCCUUAUAUGGGUGUGCCCAGCUGGGCUGGCUGGGCUCCGUUAGCGACAUCUCCCUCCUACGCUGCCUCCUGUUCGGCAGUCUCAUCUCCGCUGUGGACCCCGUGGCGGUACUGGCCGUGUUUGAGGAGGUCCACGUCAACGAACUUCUCCAUAUUACUGUGUUUGGAGAGUCACUGCUCAACGAUGCAGUGACAGUGGUACUGUACCACAUGUUUGAUGCAUACAAUGAAAUCGGCGAGGACAACAUCAUAGCCAUUGACGUUGUGGCUGGCUGUGCGUCAUUCUUCAUCGUUGGACUGGGAGGUGUUCUCUUUGGGGUCAUCUUUGGGGUCAUCACAUCCUUCACAACAAGGUUUACAGACCAUGUGAGAGUGAUCGAGCCUCUGUUUGUGUUUGUGUUCUCAUACCUGGCCUACCUGACUGCCGAGAUGUUCCACCUGUCAGGCAUCAUGGCAGCUGUGUUCUGUGGGAUCUCCAUGAAGAACUACGUCGAGGCCAACAUUUCGCAGAAGUCGCACACGACCAUCAAAUACUCGAUGAAGAUGCUGUCCAACAUGUCGGAGACUGUCAUCUUCAUGUUCCUGGGGCUGUCCACGGUGAACAGCUACCACGACUGGAACACAGGAUUCGUGCUGUUCACUCUGCUGUUCUGUCUUGUCUACAGAGGGAUAGGGAUCCUGGUACUGACCUGGGCACUGAACAGGUACCGUAUGGUAAAGUACACCAAGGUGGACCAGUUUGUGAUGGCGUACGGCGGGCUGCGUGGGGCCGUGGCGUUCUCCCUGGUGUUUCUACUGGACGAGCGACACUUCCCCGAGAAGAAGGCCAUGAUUACGGCGACCAUCUGUGUCAUCUACUUCACUGUGUUUUUACAGGGUAUCACCAUCAAGCCAUUGGUGAACCUGCUGCAUGUAAAGAGAAGUGCCAAGCACAAACCAUCCAUGACCGAGCAGAUCAACGAAAGGUUGAUUGAUCAUAUGAUGGCAGCAAUAGAGGACAUCACUGGUCAUCAUGGCCAUCACUACUGGAGAGACAGAUUUGAAUACCUCGACAACCACUACGUCAAGAAAGUCUUGGUCAGGAACUACCGAGAAGAUAUCCAGGACAAGGAGAUUCUGGAUGUUCACCGCAAACUGAACGAGAAAGACGCCCAAGACAUGUUGAAGAGGAACGUUUCCUUUGCGGCAAGCCUCCAUGAGAUGGUACUGAGUGGCCAGAUGCACAUUGACUCGGUGGGACGACUUCUGAGGAACGAAACAUCUUCCAGUAACUUUCAGCAGAGUCAGAGUGACACCUGUCUUGACAUGCAGGCCAUCACUGCUGAGUACUCAGGCAAGGAUGUGGACGAUGCAGAGUUACACCACCUCCUGCAGGAGAACAUGUACCACACAAGGAAAAGGCACAAGACGUUCACUGGGAAGCACAUGCUACCGGAGGACAAGCAGAACGAGGAAAUUUUCCGGCGUAACAUUCGUCACCGUCGCCAUCGUCACCACAGACACCACAAGAGAAAUGGACUGAGGAACGGCUGCAGAAUGAAGAAGUCGUCCAGCGGGGAUCACCUCAUGCCUCCUGAACCGCACGGCCGGCCUCGGCGCAACGUCAGCUGGUCAGACGAGAAGAACAAGUCUCUGGUUCAAACAACACAAGCACCAGUUGAUCUGGUGGUAACGGCUGAAGAUAAUGAAGAAGAUGAUGAUGACCUUGGGAUCACCUUCACAGCCAAGAAGGAGCUCAAACCUUAUGACAACAUGGACGCUCCCAGGGCCAUCCCCAAACCUACAGUGGCAGAAGAAGCCUUACCGUGGAAGUCAGGCGUAGCGGAAGCAGCGCGAGCGAUCCCCGAUCAAGACCUGCUGAACGACAGCUCGCAGCCCAGCUGGACUCUCCCCUCCUCCCCCACUCCUGCCGCACCCCCCUCUUUCCCCCCUUCCCCAGACCAGGCCCCCUGGAUGGUACCAGAACCCCCCUGGUUUUCCAAACAGGACAGCACGCACCCCUCCGACCGGAGAGAAGAAGAGGAGCCUAUGCUACCCAGGAGUCAACAGCAGAAGUCAAAUAAGUCAAACCCAGAAGAAGUGCCUCUACUACCAUCUGGUAAGAAAACCCCCUCCCCUCCCAAGGGGGGUGCAAAAAGGACACUUUUGCCUAACCAAGUAGAGAUAGAAAUACCUGAUUCUCCAAGCCUUAGGAUGGACCGAGAUGAUGACGUUGCAGAGAGAGAGUCUUGCGUCUGAUUCGUCCACUGCAAGCUAGCUGCAUGGCAUCCAGACUUCCAUACAGUAUGCAAAAUGGUGUAUAGUGUGCAUUGCCAACUAAAAUGGCCAAUUUUUUUGCAGUGCAGUGGUUGCCAUAGUACAGGUCAUUUUGAUACACUCAACUUUCCUAUUAAAGAUGUUGUGAGAGAAACAAUUUUUCAUAAGGAAGUACAAAGUAUUGCAACUUUUCAAGGAUAACAUUUAUCAAUAAGCAACUGUGUACCACUACGGUAACCAUAACCAUGAAA